CAGAGGCGCCCGUUAAGGUGUGUGCCUGUGUGUGCCUUUCUCAAGCCUUCCGGAUGAUGAUGCGAGAGGGAAGAUUUUACAUUGCAGAGAUCAAUGUAUUAAAAAUGCCGUGCAGGUAGUUCAUAGUCAAGAGCCUUGCUCCUGUUGGAGGAUGCCAUGGAGGAGAGAGGCAGGAGCACCGGCAGCCAGCUGGGGACUGACCUGAUUCCCUAGAAUCCUCAGCUCCCUUCCUCUUUCCUCUCGACGUCCUUCCUUCCCUUUUUCUCCUCUCUCCCCUCCCCCGCUUUCUCUUCUCCAGAUAAGCAGCUCCGGGAAACAAAGAAUCCGGGGCUCUCCAGAUAUCAGAGCUUAAACUCAUCACUCUGCAAGCGGCAUCUCAUUCCGGGGUCCAGGGCUCUCCGGGCUCUCCAUCCCCUCCCUAACCUCCCCCGCCUCCCGCGCUCGCUCCCUCGCUCCCUCCCCGCUCGCUUCCUCCCCCACCAUCGCAGCGCUAGGAGGAAGGCGGCCGGGGCUCAAGAUGGCUUUAGCCGGGCUCUGCGCCCUGCUCGCCUGCUGCUGGGGGCCGGCAGCUGUGCUGGCCACGGCCGCCGGCGACGUGGAUCCAUCCAAGGAGCUGGAGUGCAAGCUCAAAAGCAUCACGGUGUCGGCGCUGCCCUUCCUGCGCGAGAACGACCUGAGCAUCAUGCACAGCCCCUCGGCCUCGGAGCCCAAGCUCCUCUUCUCGGUGCGCAACGACUUCCCGGGAGAAAUGGUCGUAGUGGACGACCUGGAGAACACGGAGCUGCCCUACUUCGUGCUGGAGAUCUCAGGGAACACAGAGGAUAUCCCUUUGGUGCGCUGGAGGCAGCAGUGGCUGGAGAAUGGCACUUUGCUUUUUCACAUUCAUCACCAAGAUGGUGCUCCAAGCCUUCCUGGACAAGACCCCACUGAAGAACCCCAACAUGAGUCGGCAGAAGAAGAGCUGAGGAUCCUCCACAUCUCAGUCAUGGGUGGCAUGAUCGCUCUGCUGCUGUCCAUCUUGUGCCUGGUGAUGAUCCUGUAUACUCGCCGGCGCUGGUGCAAACGCCGCCGGGUCCCCCAGCCCCAGAAGAGUGCCAGUGCCGAGGCAGCCAACGAGAUUCACUACAUUCCAUCUGUGCUGAUUGGCGGGCAUGGACGGGAGAGUCUGCGCAACGCCCGCGUGCAGGGCCACAACUCCAGUGGCACCCUGAGCAUCCGGGAGACACCUAUCCUGGACGGCUAUGAGUAUGACAUCACUGAUCUGCGCCACCACCUGCAGAGGGAGUGCAUGAACGGAGGGGAGGACUUUGCCAGCCAGGUCACGCGCACCCUCGACUCCCUGCAGGGCUGCAAUGAAAAGUCGGGGAUGGACCUCACACCAGGAAGUGACAAUGCCAAGCUGUCACUGAUGAACAAGUAUAAAGAUAACAUUAUCGCCACUAGCCCUGUGGACUCCAACCACCAGCAAGCCACCCUUCUCUCUCACACCUCUAGCAGCCAGAGAAAGCGGAUCAACAACAAAGCGAGAGCUGGUUCCGCCUUCUUGAACCCUGAAGGGGAUUCUGGCACAGAGGCAGAAAAUGACCCCCAGCUGACCUUUUACACGGAUCCUUCAAGGAGCAGGAGGCGUAGUAGAGUGGGUUCUCCCCGAAGUCCUGUGAAUAAGACCACCUUGACCCUGAUCAGCAUCACCAGCUGUGUGAUUGGCCUCGUGUGCUCCUCUCAUGUCAACUGCCCUCUCGUUGUCAAGAUCACCCUGCAUGUCCCUGAGCACCUGAUUGCUGAUGGGAGCCGCUUCAUCUUGCUGGAGGGGAGCCAGCUGGAUGCCAGUGACUGGCUGAACCCUGCCCAAGUGGUUCUCUUCUCUCAGCAGAACUCCAGUGGACCCUGGGCCAUGGACCUCUGUGCCCGGCGGCUCCUGGACCCCUGUGAACACCAAUGUGACCCCGAAACUGGUAGGCGGGAGCACCGGGCAGCGGGGGAAUGCCUCUGCUACGAAGGCUACAUGAAGGAUCCAGUACAUAAGCACCUUUGCAUUCGGAACGAAUGGGGGACAAACCAGGGGCCAUGGCCUUACACAAUAUUUCAGCGAGGCUUUGACCUGGUUUUGGGAGAGCAGCCCUCUGAUAAAAUAUUUAGAUUCACCUACACCCUUGGGGAGGGCAUGUGGUUGCCCCUCAGCAAGAGCUUUGUGAUUCCACCAGCCGAACUGGCCAUCAAUCCAUCAGCAAAGUGCAAGACGGACAUGACCGUGAUGGAGGAUGCUGUGGAGGUCAGAGAGGAGCUGAUGACUUCAUCCUCCUUCGACAGCCUGGAGGUUCUCUUAGAUUCCUUUGGGCCGGUGCGCGACUGCAGCAAAGAUAACGGGGGCUGCAGUAAGAAUUUCCGCUGUAUUUCAGAUCGCAAGCUGGACUCCACUGGUUGCGUGUGCCCAUCUGGACUCAGUCCCAUGAAGGACAGCUCCGGCUGCUAUGACCGCCACAUCGGGGUGGACUGUUCGGACGGCUUCAACGGCGGCUGUGAGCAGCUGUGCCUCCAGCAGAUGGCGCCCUUCCCGGACGACCCCACCCUGUACAACAUCCUCAUGUUCUGUGGGUGCAUCGAGGACUACAAGCUUGGUGUGGAUGGACGCUCUUGCCAACUCAUCACGGAGACCUGUCCAGAGGGAAGUGACUGUGGGGAAAGCAGGGAGCUUCCCAUGAACCAGACGCUCUUUGGGGAGAUGUUCUUUGGUUACAACAACCAUUCCAAGGAAGUAGCUGCUGGACAGGUGCUGAAAGGAACAUUCAGGCAAAACAACUUUGCUCGUGGUUUAGACCAGCAACUGCCAGAUGGUCUUGUGGUGGCCACUGUCCCCCUGGAGAAUCAAUGCCUAGAGGAGAUCUCGGAGCCCACCCCUGACCCUGACUUCCUGACUGGGAUGGUGAACUUCAGUGAAGUGUCUGGGUACCCUGUGCUGCAGCACUGGAAGGUCCGGUCUGUGAUGUACCACAUCAAACUCAACCAAGUGGCCAUCUCUCAGGCCCUCAGCAAUGCUCUCCACUCGCUGGAUGGGGCUACAUCUCGUGCAGAUUUUGUGGCAUUGUUGGACCAGUUCGGCAACCAUUACAUCCAGGAAGCUAUCUACGGCUUUGAGGAGUCCUGUUCUAUCUGGUACCCAAACAAGCAGGUGCAGCGGCGACUCUGGCUGGAGUAUGAAGACAUCAGUAAAGGCAACUCCCCAUCCGAUGAGUCUGAGGAGCGGGAAAGAGACCCCAAGGUGCUGACAUUCCCAGAAUACAUCGCCAGCUUGUCAGACUCCGGCACCAAGCGCAUGGCGGCUGGAGUCCGCAUGGAGUGCCAGAGCAAGGGACGAUGCCCCUCGUCCUGCCCCCUGUGUCAUGUGACAUCCAGCCCUGACACCCCUGCUGAGCCGGUGCUGCUGGAGGUUACCAAAGCAGCCCCCAUCUAUGAACUAGUGACCAACAACCAGACCCAGAGGCUCUUGCAGGAGGCUACCAUGAGCUCUCUCUGGUGCUCAGGGACUGGAGAUGUCAUCGAGGACUGGUGUCGAUGUGACUCCACUGCUUUUGGAGCUGAUGGACUCCCCACCUGUGCGCCUCUCCCGCAGCCUGUGCUGAGACUCUCCACGGUUCAUGAGCCCAGCAGCACUCUUGUGGUCCUGGAGUGGGAACACUCAGAGCCACCAAUCGGGGUGCAGAUUGUAGAUUACCUCCUCCGUCAAGAGAAAGUCACUGACAGGAUGGACCACUCCAAAGUGGAGACAGAAACAGUGCUGAGCUUUGUGGAUGACAUCAUCUCUGGAGCAAAGUCUCCUUGUGCAAUGCCGUCUCAGGUGCCGGACAAGCAGCUCACCACCAUCUCUCUGAUCAUACGAUGCCUGGAACCUGACACCAUUUAUAUGUUCACGCUGUGGGGAGUGGACAACACAGGACGGCGCUCCAGGCCAAGCGAUGUGAUCGUGAAGACCCCAUGCCCCGUGGUGGAUGAUGUCAAAGCUCAAGAAAUAGCUGACAAGAUCUACAAUCUCUUCAAUGGCUACACCAGUGGGAAGGAGCAGCAGACCGCCUACAAUACCCUCCUGGAUCUGGGUUCCCCCACCUUACACCGGGUCCUCUACCACUAUAACCAGCACUACGAGAGCUUUGGGGAAUUCACCUGGCGAUGUGAGGAUGAGUUAGGUCCCAGGAAAGCUGGUCUCAUCCUUUCCCAGCUUGGGGACCUCAGCAGUUGGUGCAAUGGACUCCUUCAGGAACCCAAGAUAAGCUUGCGGCGCAGCUCGCUCAAGUACCUGGGGUGCCGCUACAGCGAGAUCAAACCCUAUGGACUUGACUGGGCGGAGCUCAGCCGGGACCUCAGGAAGACGUGUGAGGAGCAGACCCUGAGCAUCCCCUACAACGACUAUGGGGACAGCAAAGAGAUCUAGCAUCGUAAGGUCAGGGAGCUGCUGCCAAAAUGAAGUAGGAAAGAGGAGGGAUCCAUCUGGUUUGGUUUGUGGAUUUUUAAUAUUUUUUAAUGGAACAUUAAAACCUCCACAGCAACAUCAAAACCAGGGAGAAAGUGAUCCUUGCUCCCUGCAGAACUUCUUCAGUAUGAUGUUCUCCAUCUGCAUGAUUGGGAAAUCUGCCAGCUAGUGGCUUCAUGCAGUGCCAUUAUUUCUUUAGAAGAUUACUUUGGGGUUUGCUUUGCCGUUACUUUGUUCCAUUCAUUUUUUUCCCCGAGAAGAUUACCAAAAUGCUCAAGAGCUCUGCUGUGAUCCGCAUGAAAAGUCUAUUAAGUAGGCACCCUGUGCUCACUGAGUUCCUAAAUCCAUUGCAACCGGGGAUAGAGGUGAGGUCAGAAAGUUGUUAGGCCUGCCUCAGGCCCCACGCUCAAACAUGCCUCAGGAAGCAUCUCACUCUGGGAGCCUUGGCCCUGCUCACAGAGAAAGACAAUUAGAAAACUGGGGAAGGUGGCCCUUGUAUGUGCCUCCUGGUUUUCUUCCUAGGCCUUGCUGUCACUAUUUCCAUACCCGAAAGGUGUAACCAGCUUUCAUUAUAGGCCCCAGUGGACCACUUGGGUUUUGAGAUCCUUCCUUAUUUUAAGCCAGGACUGGGAUUAAAUCUCCCUCUGUCAGAUCUCUGUCCCCUCCUCUGAACAACAUGAUCUUUGAGAGGGAACAAGAUGCCAUCUGUCAAAUGCACCUUCAGAAAAGUCUACCUGGGAGACUAGUUAGCAGUCCACAUUCUAGAAAAGACUUGGAGUUUAUUAUUUUUUUUAAAAAAAUCCAUGCUUCCUUUGGAUGGACUUCUCCAGCCUACCAAUAUAUAUCCAUGUGCCUGGAUUAUCUUUAACCCCCACACCUCUUAGACUGAGCAGGUAAGGCUUGGUGGAUGUCUGAUGGGGUCCAGGAGGGGUCAACACUUCCAUAUCAGUGUUACAGUGAACUAAAGCUAUUAUUGAUCACAAAAAAUGUCUGUUCAUCCCCACCUUGCUAAAUUUGCUUGUGUUGCUAGUUUUGCAAAUCGUUUCUCUGAUAACCGUAAGCAGGAGGAUUCCACCGUGGUCACUGCCCAUCCAGUUGCUGGAAUUCUGUGUGGGGAAGCACCACUGAUUGCAGUUAAGGACUAGAGUGUUGUUUCCAUCCCACAGCCCAAGCAUUGACAUGGUCACAAAUAGUGACCCAGCCAACAGGAAGCCCAGACUUUCAGAAAGAGCCUGGCAAGGCCCUGUUAACUAGCAAUGGCCUUAGCCAUCCCAUACAACUCAGUGGCCUGAACACACACCUUCAGCCAUCAUGCCUUUGACCAGGGCUCCUCAUUUGGAAACACAUGAGGAAGGUCAGGAAACAGAUGCAGGACCUAUAAGGCUAGUCAUUGAGCUAUAUCUUUUUUUUUUCUAAAUAGUAAUAAUGACAGAUAACAUUUAUUGAGUGCUUGCUGUAUGCCAGGCACUGCUCUAAGAACUUUAGGUAUCAUUGAAUUCUCACAGCAACUCCCGAGGAAAGUACUAUUCUUGUCCCCAUUUUAGUGUUAGGAAAAUGAGGCAAGGAGGUUAUACAAUUUGCCCCAAAUCCCUCAUGCACUUAACUCACACUGAAUUUCAGUGUGAGUUCAGGCUGUUGGUCUCCAGGGCACAGGAUCUUAGCAGCCCUGCAAUACUCAGUUCUGUUUUUGGUAUCAUCUGGCACACAAUUGUCCGAGCUCUCAGCCCAACAGGGAGCCUGUCCAGAGAGCUUUACCUUUCCCAAGCAUCUGUGGCAUGGACAUGUCCUCUGUGCAGUGGAAGGAGGAGGGGCCAAAGUGCGCCCUUGGCCUUUGGAGCUAGAGCACCCUUGGGACCCUUAGUUCCACUGCACAUGGCCCUCCUCCCCACCCUCGUAACUGGGAAGGAAGCCUGUGAUGAGGCUGAGAUAAAGCACAGGGUGGUUUCACUGUCCUGUCUCUUUCUUUCCAAACACUGAAGGAUUUAUUUCAAACUCUCUAAUGCACCUGCCUCAGCGAUUCCCCUACUUUCAAAGAAAAGAUCAGCAGAAAAACUGGUUGUCCCACCUGUGGCAAAUGCUGGAGCCUCAGUUAAAGUGCCUCAAGGGGCAAAUAUUUCACCAUUGCCAGAGAAGAUGUGACAGGCCAAUCAGACAGGGCCCAGAGCAUCUCUUUGCUGCUACUGUUUGCCAUCCUUCUAUUCACGUCUGUGCAGAACAUGGUGCUUUAAGCUUGAGUGGAAGCAGGGUGAGGCUGCCGAUGCCUUUGUGCCCAGAAGUGGAUGAUGUGGGAGUUGACAGACCAGGGAGAGGGUGAAGCAGGUAUCAGGGUCCCUCCUCUGCACCCUCUCCUUCUUUUUAUUUUAGGCAUACUAUCUUCCUCUCUCCUAUCUUUCCCUCAGUCUCCUAAGUUCCUCUACCUUCUUUACCUUUGUCUUUUACUUCUUCUUUCUGUGACCCUCCAUUUUUAGACCCCUCUUUCCCCAAGACUUUCUUCCUCCAGUUUCCCCUUGAGUUCUCCCCACUGAAUGUGUGUAUGUAUGUGCACACACACACAUGUGUGCACACACAAUGCACACAACUAUGACUUGGCUCCUACUCACAUUCAAGUUAAAAAGGCUGAUAUGAAUGGGGCAGGGGAAAGUCUUAGGAUGGUUGUACAAUUGACUGGAGGAUUAUUUCCCCUUGAAAGACACUAUUGAUCACACCCUGCUGACUUUUCCCGAUGCUUGCCAGAAGGAACCCAUCCUGGCUAGAAAGGGUGAUGGUAACUGGACCAGUAUUCAACCUUGAGUUGUCAAGCUGCCAAACAGGUCUUAAGGGAGGUGCUUAUAUCCCACCAACACUCUCCCAGCUCCCGUGUCCCCAAGACCUCUGGAGUUUCCUCUUGAAUGUACAUGAACCACUGUAAUAGCAUUAGACUUUUAAUUGAGUGUGCAAUUGUUUUCCAUGGAGUUUGGUCCGUUCAUUAUUUUUUAGUUAACUACACUUCUUGAUAUUCAAAUGUUCUAUUAAAAAACUGAGUAUGAAGAAAAACACUUUACUACUGUAGAAGGAAGAAAGAAUAUAAUGUGACCAUCUUCAGGUAUAACAGUGUUGUUUAAAAGAGAAUUAUUGUAUGAUUAUAAAAGAUGAAAUAAUUAACUGAAUAAUAAAACAAAGCUAUUAGUAAG